UGUUACACUUUUUAAAGAGUCCGCAUGCGGUGCCAGAAUUACUGUGUUUGCCUCUGCAGCACUUCCUCACUGACCACAGAUCAGCGUCUCAAUAAUUAAAGGGUCAGAGGUCAGAUAGCCAAGGAUUAUCAGUUGGAUCCAGGAUAAGAGUCCAGUUCCCAGGAUUUAGAGAGGUAACUGAUUUCAGAUCAGCUGAAUCUGUGUGAAGUCAGGCUGGCGUAGGACUAAACGUUCACAUAUUUCUGUAAAAUAUGAUCAUUGCUGAGUUUUGAUUCGGCGCUAACUACCAACGUCUGAGCAGAGGAAGGUUAUCAGAAGCACCUGAAGUCCCAUCAGCUCCGGUUAGGAUGAACUCCAGCACAACAGGAAGUUCUGCAGGAGAACAAGACUGAAUGUUCUCCCUGGUGAUCAUUCAUCCAUUCAGAGAUCAGUUUCCACAGCGACCCGACCCAUGAGCUGCCCCCGCUGGGUGCUGGUUCCACGCCAGCCGCCCUGCUGCUGAUCUCAGAGCUGAACCAGGAUCAGCUGCUAUUUUUACCUCAGAUUAUCAGCAAAGACGUCAACGUUCCUCAGAGAACCUUCAUUCUCAACCAGACUCACAACAGCAUGUCCCUGAGUGGCGCCGCAGCACUCGGACCCCCCUGGAGGAACCACAGCUACAGUAUGGAAGGGGGCAGAGACCCCCCUCUGUCCGACCAGGGAGAGACCAUCAUCGGAGUCUACCUCCUGCUGCUCGGAUGGAUAUCGUGGUUCGGGAACAGCAUCGUUCUCUUUGUCCUCUGCAGACAGCGAGCGUCGCUGCAGCCCACCGACUACCUCACCUUUAACCUGGCCGUCUCUGAUGCCAGCAUUUCUGUAUUUGGCUACUCCAGGGGUAUCAUUGAGAUCUUCAAUGUCUUUCAGGACAGCAGCUACUUCAUCUCCUCCAUUUGGACCUGCCAGGUGGAUGGUUUCUUCACGCUCGUCUUUGGUCUGAGCAGCAUCUACACGCUGACGGUGAUCAGCAUCACGCGUUACAUCAGAGGAUGCCACCCGAGCAGAGCUCAUCGGAUCACCAGGAGGACCGUAUCCGUCUGUCUUCUCUUCAUCUGGGUCACCGCUGGGUUCUGGUCUGGAGCUCCGCUGCUGGGCUGGGGAAGCUACACAGAUCGGGGGUACGGUACCUGUGAGAUUGACUGGUCCAAAGCCAGCUACUCCAGCGUCUACAGGUCCUACAUCAUCUCCAUCUUCAUCUUCUGCUUCUUCGUGCCUGUGCUCGUCAUGCUCUUCUGCUACGUGUCCAUCAUCAACACGGUGAAGCGAGGCAACGCCCUGUCCGCGGACGGUGACCUGACAGACCGUCAGAGGAAGAUUGAGAGAGACGUAACAAUUGUCUCCAUAGUGAUCUGCACCGCCUUCAUUUUGGCCUGGUCUCCAUACGCGGUGGUCUCCAUGUGGUCCGCCUGUGGUUUCCAUGUGCCCAACCUCACCAGCAUCUUCACCCGCCUCUUCGCCAAGUCCGCCAGCUUCUACAACCCCCUGAUUUACUUCGGUCUCAGUUCCAAGUUCCGCAAAGAUGUGGCCGUCCUGCUUCCCUGCACGCAAAAAGCCAAAGACAGCGUCAGGCUGAAGCGCUUCAGGCCUAAGGGGGAUGUCCCCGGCCGCCACGCUGCAGGAGGCGGAGCCAGACUCAAGGUUCCCCUCACCCGCUCGGUGAAAAAGUACUCCCCAAUGAACCAGAGCCCUCCGGCUCCACCCCCGGAAACCCCACCGCCCGUGACUCCAUCGCCUGGGGCAGCAACACCGGACACCAAGGAGGUGUUCUUCAUCCACAUGCCCCAUCCAUCUGAGAACAGCUCUGAGUUUGAAUGUGUCAGACUCUAACCAACAACCUGAACAGGAGGAAGACCGCUGCGCGGUCCCUGGGCCAACUCUGCAUCAACCCUGUCCAAGCCCAACCAGCCUGUGGUCCUGGAACAUCUUCAGGAUCCCUGCAGUCAAACCAGAUGUGCUGUUCUAAAUGACCUGAAGGCGUUUUGUUGGGUCAGAACGCCUCCGCUGCCAUCGGCGAUCACUGGAAGAAAUCUGGGAGUUAUUUUGACCAGGACUUUAAAUUCAGUCAACAAGGUGACGUCCUUUCAGGCAUCUGCCACAUUGAUCUGUCAGCUGAAGUUCAGCCUUUCUUAAACCUUGACAGGCUGAACUGGCUGAUAUCAGAACCGUUCCUGUAGCGCUCUUUCUGUUGCCGUCUCUCAGUCGUCCCUCAACAGGCUCCAAGGGGUCCAAAAUGCAGCUGCAGGUCCGUUCUCCUCUCCCUUCCCUGGCUGCCGGUUCUCUUUAGAACAAUGUUAAACUUUUAUUGCUUGUUUAUAGAGCUCUUAAUCGUCUGCAGGCCUACAUUUCUGGUUUAUUGGGUUUCUACGUGAGUGGCAGACCCCUGAAUGUUCUGAGAACUGAACCUAAACAUUGGGCUGACCGGACCUCCCAGACUGGAGCCAGCCUGUCUCUAACCUGAGCCUCUUUAAGCUUUUAACGAUCAGCAAACUUCUAACUUUGAUUGUUUUAAUUAGUUUGAAUGGUUUUAAUGAAUUAAUUGGGAAACAACUGAGUGGUCCUGUUGGCUGUUUAAGGGCCAGAAAUGAAUAUAUGAGACGAACUGGUUCUCCUUCCAGCCUUCAGAGCAGCAGGUUUUCUGGUGGUGGGGGGGUUGUGGAUAAA